GUUAUUCAACAGCGAAAAAUUGCUUCUAGCAAAAUUGGCUCACAUCAAUACUUUUAUGCCGUUUUGCCAAGAGACAUUUCCAAUAAACAACUAAAACACAUUCUCAAAGAAAUUUUCAAAUUUUGUCUUCACACUGCAUAUAUUGUAAACAUAAAUGUAUUGAAAGAAAAUCAGAACGGUGAUGUUACAGCUUAUACAUAUUUCCCAUUUGAUGAAGAAAGUUGUCAAAAUUCUAAACCAAUAAUGUACAUUAUUUGUACAAAUGGCCAUUUGACAUGGAACAAGCCGUCUUUUCCAAGAAAACUGAAUAAUUUUUGGAAAUGCCCACUAAGAGUUCUUGUAUGGAAUGAAUCACCAAUUUUAAAUUUUAAUCAAAACGAUGAUUUGGUUUCUGGAAUUGAUUAUUACGUUUUGGAAUUUCUUCGAGAAAUAAUGAAUUUUUCGCUUUUUCCGAUUCUUACUCCAAGUAGGGGAAAUGUUUACCUGAAUGGAACUUCAAAUGGAGCUUUUAAAUUGCUACAAGCAGGCUAUGGAGACUUAAUGCUUGGAUGUUCAAUCUGUAGCCGAGUUAGACGAACAUUUUUCACUUCAACAGUAUUUUAUUUCACUACACCCGUCAAUUUAAUAGUCAAACCAACGGAAACAUAUCAUGCUCUAGAAAUCCUGCUGUUUCCAUUUGAUUUCUACACUUGGCUAGUAAUUCUUAUACUCGUUAUUGGGCGUAGAAUCGGUCCAAUGAUGCUAUUAAGAACUUCUAUAAAAUUCAAACUUACCCUCUUUCCAUGGUUAUUUGGGGUUUUAAUUUUGAGAAGUUCCUAUGAAGGCUCAGUUUUUAGAUUUCUCCACAAUCGACCUAAACGACCAAUACCUAAUAAUUUCAAAGAAGCUCUUCAAAGUGGUUAUCAUUUUAUUUCCGACAAUAAAUUGAAUAUUUUCCUCAAAGAUUUCACUGAAUUAGACAGCAAAUUGACACUCUAUGAUUUUCCCAAGUCAAAAAUGUUUGAUAAGCUGAAUGAGCUCGAAGGCAAAAAUGUUUUAAUAACACGACUUGAAUUAUAUGUUGGCGAUGAAUUCAAUACAUCAAUAUUUCAUAUGUUAAGGAAGCUAAGAAGUCCCAUAGUUUAUAAUUUCGCUUGCAUGUACAUGCCGAAGUAUUCGUUUUUAGCAGCAGAGCUUGAUAUCAGAAUUGAUCAAUUGACGACUCAUGGAUUUAUGAAGCGAAUAUUAGACAAGUCGUUGAUACCUGGUUUAACAUGGAAUCGACGACGUAAGAACAGAAAAGAAGCUAAGAGCAUGAGUGUGGAACAUUUAAGUGGGACAUUUCAAUUGCUGAUAGCUAUGAUGGGAAUGGCUUUUUGUGUUUUUGUAAUGGAAAUCUUAAUGGUUCACUGGAACAAUUAGAAUUCAAAACUUAUGACUUUCUCAUAUUAAGCACUAUGCAAAAUUAUUUUUGAGCAAUGUAUUUGAAAAAAUAAAACUAUUUAGUGUGAGUUUAUUGAGUGCACGAUUGAUUGCAGUAGGUGUCCCGCAGGGGUCUAUAUAAGGACCUAUUCUCUUCUCAUUAAAAUUUACUUGAUUGUUUUAGACCUAAUUUUCGUACAACAAAGAAUGUGUUUUUGCAUAAUACUCAAAAGUCAUACAGUUUUAAAAAAAGUAAACUUAAGACCUUAGAAAGCUUCGAGUGAUAUUCUUUAAACAAUGCAAGCUUUGUAUUUAGAAAAAGAGAUAGGGAAGUCAUACUUAAGAGUAUAGUAUGUUGAGCUCUCAUUGCCUUUGCUCAUCAAGAUCUAAAGCCUAGAGUUGAGGUUGUCAAGAUUCUUUGACAGCAACCUCAACUUGGUUGGUCUCAGUUGCUAUUUCGCUGUCCAAAUCCUUAAAAAUAGAAAUUCGAAAACUUAAAUGGAGACGGACUGGUCACACACCAAAUGCUGAUAUUGCGAAGUAAGCUUUCGAACGGAAUCGGUAAAGUGCAUGGCGAGUUAGAAGACCUAGAACAAUAUAGCGAUCAACGGUGCUAGAAGAAGCGGAUAUCAAAAAAAGAACGUUUGCAGAAAUCUUGCUGCAGAUUAAAAAAGAUACAAGAUAUUUUCCUUGUCACCUUAUGUCCCGCCUGCAGUUUCAGGACUUGAUGAAUUAAUGAAAUUGUGUCGACAUCAGAGUUCAAAGUAUUUUGUUUUUCACAAAACAUGACUCUAAAAAAAAUGAAUGAGUGUUUACGGUAGACGUGGUGCCCCUUCACAGUCGACUCUUCAACGUUUGGUGGGAAAAUUUUAGACAACCGAUUCAGUUUACAAUCAGCUAACUUCCGUACGUUUGAUUAACUUCGAGAACAUGGCCGGGAAAGUGUACAGCAGAGCCACAGGCAGUCUAUUCUUCACCGUCGGCUUUUCGCAGACUUCAACUUGGCGAAUUUUGCGUUGGGCAUAGACCCGUACACAAUCCAACUGACCCAGG